AUGGUGCGAGACGCACUGGUCGACAUGACCUUUUGCUCAAGCCUUACGACUGCGUUGGAGAUCGAUGAAGCCUUCCGCCCGGCGAGCCGGCAGACAGCCUGGCGGGCGGCGGUGUGGGCGCGCAAGGCGGCGCAGAGGGCCAUUGACCAGGGCCGCAGCAGCGGCGCGCUGCUGCGCCUGGCGCGCAGCGCUGCUCGGGAGGCCGUUGACGGGAAGGCGAGGCGUGCCAAAGUCAAGCGCGCCAAGAAGAGAAAGUCGAGGAGGCCGAAGACAUCGGGCACUCAAGCCUCCUUGGAGGAACAGGCAGGAGUGCUAGCGCAAGAGGCCAUCAGCUGCCGGGAGGCAUGGGAUGCUAAGAAGGCCUUGGAGCUCUUGCAGCGAGCAGCCAGCUGCAUGGAGUCAUUCGAGAAGUCAAGGAAGUUGCUUCAAGAUGCUGCGCGAAAUGCUAUCCAGGUCUUGGAUCUGGAGCAUCCCAAGACCCAGCGACUGGUGGCCGAGCCCCUCCGCAGGCUGGGCGUGAAGCCGCCCUAA